AUGAGUUAUAAAGACGUGUAAGAUAGAAUUCAGUGGCAUGUCUCAAUUUCACGUAGGAGCGACUACCUGUGUGAAGUUGAAGAAGUUUGAAGAGGCUAAGAAAUGGUGUGAGCAAGGGCUUUCAGUAUCCUUUACUGCCUGCAAUUGAUCUUUAAAACUACUUCAACCGUAUUUCUAUUAUAUUGUCCAUUUUUGCCCAUAAUGACAUUCUCCUUUCUCAAAUAAGGGUAGAUCCUUUAAGUUUCACUGUAAAGAAUUUUACUUAUACUGUUUCCUAAAGGAAACGUAAAAGGCUUAGUUCAUCCUGUGGUUUUUUGUCUCUGAUGUUAAAUUAUUAUUAUCAACCGCGUCCAACUACCAAAUUGCGGUCGGUUCCAUGACGCCGUCCACCAUUUACAAUGCUCAUAAUUUGUAAGUAUCAAAUGUUAAACCUGAUUUUUCUCCGCUAAUAAAGAAAAAGCCUGCAUCUAUGAGGAAAACAGCCCAAUUCUACCAAUUAUAUCAACUAAAUCCUUAUAAUCACAUCUAGAGAGCAACUGGUAGCGCAGUAAACGACACCUGUUCAAUCUUUAAUUAAUAAGGAUUUGCAUAGCGCGAGAAUCUCGUGCUGUGAUCCAGGAUAAUUCAUAAAUUGAUGUUUUCUUUUUUGCUAUUAAUAUUUCUUCCUGGAAAGCUUCAAGCUCCUAAUUAAAUUGUUAAGGGACAGACCAUUAUGGGGGAGGGGUGGGGUUUUUUGCCUUGCAAGAACUUUUUACUGGCCGAUUGCCUGUGCAAGAAUUUUUUUUUAAGUGCAACCCUUUGUAGGAAUUUUUUUCGGAAAAUUUCAUUCACACGUUUUAGUCAUUAAGAUAAAUGAAAAUGACGCUGUUUCGUUUUAUUACAGAGGUUGUUCUUUAAACGUGACUUUCACUGUUCAAGUUUACACUUAUGACUCACAAUACUAAAGUUUAAUUGAUGUAACUUACACGAUGACUGUCCUAGACGGCAUGGCGCCUUUCUUUUGCUCUUAUGCCACCACUAGGCAGGGAAUGUAAGUUUUUUUUUCAUGAAAAUCGUAUGCUGAGAUGCCUGCAUUUCACAGAACACUGUGUAAAUCCUUUUAUUAACGUCUUACACAGAGCGUACUCAUGUGCAAUGUCUUGAUAGAAACGCUGGUGUCCAGACACUACAGCUUAAACUAUGCAACUGACUAUAAGUGAAAGUUAUUUGUAUCUCACUAGUGAUUUAGGAACAUUUUAAAUUUGAGAAAUGAUCAAAACAUAAGAAAAUAUUGCAGAAUGGCGUUAACUCCUAGCGCAAAAAGUCCAAGUCUGAAUAUUUGAUUAUCUUCUUCGAGAAUAUCGGAGCUAAAAACUCAGCUGUGUUUAUAAGCUAUAAAGUCAAAUAUCUUAAUAUACUUUGUUAUUUUAAGAGCUAUUGAUCAGUUUCUAAAUUUGUUUUCUCUUCUCUUCUCUAGUUCAGGCUGAAGUUUUUCCCUCCUACCAAAACACGUGGUCAUUCUAAUACCCAGGGUACCAGAGGUUUUUUCUCGCGUAUGGCGGGAUUCGUUGUCGAACAGACACCGAAGCCGCGAGCAGCGAAGCAAAAAAACUCACUUUUCGCGCGUGUCACUAUAAGAAAAAAACCUUGACACACCCCCAACCCCCCUGCCCCCCAUCAGUUUUCUAAUGGUCCUUUCCUAAAUAACCUCUGGCAAAGUCAUCCGUCCCAUUCUUUUUUUAACUUCAAACAAACCUUGUUACAUGUCUUGACUAUCCUAAGAUUGACAAGUUUGACAAGACGCUCUUAAAUAUAAAGCAUUCAUGGAUCAUGAAGUUCUUGGAAGCCGAGGCUUACAUGAGAUCGGGCAUUGCUUUUAAACGUCCAGAUGAUUUCAACAAAGCCAUAGAAUAUCUCAACAUUGUUCUUGGUGAUGUCAAAGAAAUGGGAGAAAAAGUUUUGGAGGAAAAAACCUAUAGCUAUCUUGCUCGUGCUUAUGCCGGUCUUAGUGAUUAUAAAAAAGCCGUGGUCAACUACAACCUACUUCUUAGCGCUGCUAAAAGCUUAGGGGACAAGCUUGAGGAAGGAAAUGCGUAUGCAGGUCUUGGUGACGCUUUGUUACGCCUUGGUGAUUUCAAAGAGUCCCUGGAUUAUUACAAAUGUGCCCUGAGCAAUGCCGAAGAUCUGAACGACAAGGAAAAAAUAGCCAUUGCAUAUGGAGGACUAGGAAAUGCUUCUCAUGCUCUUGGACAUACUAAAACCGCGAUCAGCUACCUGGAACGGAGUCUUGACUAUGCCAAAAAAAUCGGAAACAAAAGUGAGAUAGGAAAAACAUACAACAUGAUUGGCCAAAUUUUUCACAACCUUGGAGACUAUAAGGCGUCCAUAGAGCACCACAAAAGUUCCCUUGAUAUUGCCAAAGAUGUCGGAGACGUGGUCAUAGAAAGCGAGGCGUAUGGUGGUCUUGGCAUUACUUAUGACAGUUUCGGGGAUUUCGAAAAAGCCAUUUAUUACCAUAGCCAACAACUUAGGAUUGCUAAAACUACUGGAGACAAAGUUGGUGAGGCAGUUGCAAAUGGCAAUCUGGGAAACGCUCAUACCGGUCUUCAAAAUUUCGAGAAAGCCCUCCACUACUACAAACAGCGCCUUAGUAUUGCAAACGGUCUGGGAGACAAGGCUGGGGAAGGACGCGCGUAUUUUCAUCUCGGCAAAACUUAUGAAAAACUUGGUCAUUAUGGUAAAGCUUUUGAAUAUUACACCCUUCGUCUCCGUAUUGCUGAAGAUCUGGGAGACAAGGCUGGGAGAGGGGAUGCCUAUGGCAGUUUAGGUGGAGUUUUCCUGUGUUUUGGAAAUUGGAAAAAAGCUGAAGAACUUUUCAAACAACAGCUUAGAAUUUAUGAAGAGCUUGAAAAUAAAAUGGGGACUGCUAUUGCGUACCAUGGUCUUGGCCAAUGCUACGAGUUGAUGGGAAGUCUUCCUACAGCAGUCGAAAAUUACCGAUCAAGCGUUAAAGUGUUUAAUGAAAUAAGAGGGCUUCUCCAGUCUGAAGAUCAAUGGAAGAUUGGUUUUCGCAACGAAUGUAACAUUGCUUACAUAAAUCUGUGGAGAUGCCUGUUAAAACAAGAAAAGAUUAGUGAAGCUCUGGCUGCUGCCGAAGAAGGUCGGGCCCAGUCACUAGCUGAUCUUAUGAUUUCUCAGUAUGGUUUAAAAGAAUGUCAAUACUGCCAUUACAGAGGAAAACCUCUAGAAGAACAGGAAUUUGGCGUCAUGAACAGCACUUCAUCAAGCACCGUAUUCUUAGCUGUAAACGUGCACGAAAACAAAGUAAAUAUCUGGUUACUUUCGAAAGAGAAACCUGUUCUUCACCGGGGGAAGACAAUAGGCCAUCAUUGUGCAAAGUUUGCAGCUGAAACAUUACAGUCCUUAAUUCAAUUAGCCUACGAAAACAUUGGUGUUCGUGGUAAUGUUAACUGCGAGAAUCGGUCUUUAGAUGUGUUACGCGAAGACUGCUCUGGUGUGGAGCGGUCAUCCAAAAAGAACUCACAGCCCAUUCUCCAAGAAGAUAUUCAUCCCUUGUCAGCUUUGUACAGCUAUGUGAUUGCCCCGAUAUUAGAUCUAAUUGAUGGCGAUGAAAUAAUCAUUGUCCCAGAUGGUCCAUUAUGGCUUGCUCCGUUUGCUGCAUUACUGAAUCCUUUUUCCAAAUACCUGUGUGAAUCCUUCAAAGUCAGAUUAAUUCCUUCCCUGACAAGUUUGAAAAUUAUUUCUCAUUGUCCAAAAUUCCACAGCAGAAGUGGAGCUCUAGUUGUAGGAGAUCCAGACAUGAGUGAAGUUACUAACAGCCAAGGAGAUCAGAUCCUGGAGCAGCUUCCUUUUGCCAGACAAGAAGCACAGAUGAUCGGGCAGAUUCUUAAUACGGCACCUUUCAUUGGAAAAUUAGCCACCAAAUGUGAAGUGCUAAAACAGAUUAGUUCGGUUGCCGUAGUACACAUUGCUGCACAUGGACACAUGAAAACCGGAGAGAUAGCGUUGAGCCCGAAUCCUGAAAGGAAAUCGCAGACCCCUGCAGAAGAGGAUUACAUGUUGACAAUGGCAGAUGUGAUGAGUGUGAAGCUGCGAGCCAAGCUAGUUGUACUUAGUUGCUGUCACAGUGGUCGAGGAGACAUCAAAGCUGAAGGCGUGGUCGGUAUUGCACGUGCCUUUAUUGGUGCUGGUGCUCGUUCUGUUCUGGUGUCCCUUUGGGCCAUCGAUGACAAGGCCACGUUGGAGUUCAUGAAAAGCUUCUACCAUAACCUAGUUAAAGGGCGAAGUGCGAGCGAGUCUCUUAACCACGCAAUGAAAUGUCUAAGAGAAUCCGAGACUUUCAGCGAUGUAAAAUACUGGGCGUCUUUUACGCUUAUAGGCGAUGACGUCACUCUCGACAAACAAGAAGAAAUCAGGGUCUCGUAA